CCCUCUCUCUGUCAUCAGAAAGUCAAACCUCGCUGGUCCAAAUGGUGGAGUUGGGGAGGAGGAUCCGGCGGUUUGGCGUCUGGAUCCGGCGAGGGGGCACCGAACGCGCGAUCGCCGGUUCCGGAUUAGCCGUUCUUUUGCUCGCCGUCUUCAUCACGGUGAGCUUGUGGGGGCGGGAGCGCCGCCUCGUCGGUCCGAGCGGAGGGGCUGUCGUCGAUCUCACUCUCCUGGAGAACGCGGACGAGAAGGGCGCGCUGUGUUUAGAUGGAAGCCCUCCAGGGUACCAUGUCCAGAAGGGUUUCGGUUCUGGCUCAGAUAGCUGGCUUCUGCACUUGGAGGGCGGAGGUUGGUGCAAUAGCGUGGAAUCAUGCACUGAACGCACAAUGACACGAUUUGGCUCAUCUCGCUACAUGGAACGUGAGGCCUUUGUUGGCAUUUUAAGCAAUAUCCAAUCAGAAAAUCCUGACUUCUAUAACUGGAACAAAGUAAAGGUACGGUAUUGUGAUGGUGCCUCUUUCGCCGGGGAAGGGGAAACAGAAGUCCAGAAUGGAAAGAAGCUCUAUUUCCGAGGACUGCGUAUUUGGAAAGCAAUUAUGCAAGAUCUCUUACUGAAAGGCCUUGAAAAUGCUAAAGAGGCCUUUCUUACUGGAUGCUCUGCUGGCGGUCUAGCAACUUUCAUACAUUGUGAUGAUUUUCGUGCACUUCUACCUAAGGAGGUCACUGUUAAGUGUCUUGCAGAUGCGGGGUUUUUUAUUGAUGAGAAGGAUAUUUCUGGGAAAAGGACGAUAAGAUCUUUCUAUAAUGAUGUUGUUCGCCUCCAGAAUGUAGGAAAAAAUUUGCCAAAGGAGUGCAUCUCUAGGAUGGAAGCAUCCCAGUGUUUCUUUCCAGAGGAGAUAGUUAACAACAUAAACACCCCACUUUUCAUUCUUAACUCAGCCUAUGACUCUUGGCAGGUACAGCAUAUUUUGGCACCCGAAGAAUCUGAUUCUCAGCAACUAUGGCGAAAAUGCAAAAUGAAUAUUCAUGAUUGUGAUUCCAGCCAGAUUGAAGUCCUCCAGGGAUUCAGGAAUGCAUUACUUAAAGACUUGAGAGAAUUUCAGAAAAACAGUAAUGGAGGCAUGCUUAUAAAUUCAUGCUUCAUACACUGUUACUCGAUGACUAGUAACACAUGGCACUCCCUAGAUUCUCCGAAAGUUAACAAUAAGGGAAAUCAUGAUUCUUCACUUGAAUAAGCUAAUAGCAAAAUAGUGACACUAGUGCGACGACAAUGGCAUUUGCUACUUAGCAAAGUUCCACCUUGAUGUGGCUGUAAAUCGUGGGCCAUAUUUUGGUUUAUGGAUCAGCAUUUUUAUUUUAGAGAAAGAAAAACUUCUUAAUGAGGGUAGAAUUGGGCGUUUGAACUUAAACUGAAGAUGACCACAUCCAUAUUCCCCUAUCUCCUGCUUCUUUCAUUCUAGCUUAUGGCUGCCAUCGGACUUCUUACCUGCAUAGGUCUUGAUAAAGUCACCAACACAAUGGAUAUGCAACAAUCAGCAGGACAUUUAUGCAAAAGAAAUUGAAAGGAAGCUAUGUGGUGGUCUAUUUAUACAGAUUUUUUUAUCACUUGUUCUCUGGCUUUCCAAUGACUUAGGAUAUUAAAUGACUAAUUAUAGAUGUAUAUACUUUAUGUA